AUGAUAUUGCAACAGCAGAGAUCGACCUGGAAGGAAAACGAAGCUCUGAUUGACGAAUGCAUGAGUACUCUCCGCGAAAUUGAGAUGAAAAUGACACUCUUCUCAGGCGUUGCCGUCGUCACCGGCGCUGCUUCAGGUAUCGGCCGCCAGGUCGCAAUCUCGUUCGCCCGCGAGGGCUGUAAGCGCAUCGCCCUGCUCGACAGAGAUGAGGACGGCGCACUGGAGACUGCUCGCAUGUGCCGGGAAGCCAACGGGGAGACGCGCACCUUUGUCAUGGAGAUUGACAACCGGAACGACGAGGACAUUUCUUCAUGUAUGGAGAACGUUGUGGAAGAAUGGGGCAGGAUCGACUACGCCGUCAACUGCGCUGGCAUGUUUGGACCCAAAGCGCCAUCACACCUCUUGACGCCCGCCGAGUUUGACGAGAUCACCAACAUCAACUACCGCGGCACCUGGCUAUGCUCCCGGGCGGAGCUCACCCACAUGAUCAAGCAAGAGUCCAUGAUGACGCACGAUGGAAGGCCAGGGAACCGGGGCGUCAUUGUCAACGUUGCGAGCAACCUGAGUUUGGUCAGCCGGCCAGAGACACCGGCUUACAAUGCUUCCAAGGCGGCCAUCUUGAGUCUGACAAGGAGUGAUGCUAUUGAUUAUGCAAAGUACAAUAUCCGCGUCAACUGUGUGUGCCCGGGAAUCAUUGACACGCCGAUGACGAGCGAAGUCUCGCCAGACGACCCUAUAAUCUCAGUAGCCCCCAUGAAGCGGAAGGGAACACCCCAAGAAGUCGCCGAUGCCGUCUUGUUCCUCUGCAGCUCCAAGGCGUCCUUCAUCCACGGUGCGUCGUUGUCCGUCGACGGUGGCUACGUUAUCAACUAG